GUCCAGGAACCAGAAGCUGCCAGGCUGCGGACCGCGGGCGCGAUGUAUCUCCGCAGGGCUGUCUCCAAGACCCUGAUGCUGCCUUUGAGGGCGCCCCCCAGCCCUGCACCGCUCCGGAAAGACGUAUCUCUUCGCCGGAUGUCAUCUAACAAAUUCCCUGGAUCACCUGGAUCAAAUAUGAUAUAUUAUCUGGUUGUAGGUGUCACUGUCAGUGCUGGUGGAUAUUAUACUUACAGGACAGUCACAUCAGAGCAAGCCAAACACACGGAACAUAUAACAAAUUUGGAAGGAAAAAACAAAACAGAGUUACAUCCACGUCAAGGUGAAGAAGAGAACCCUGUGGAAACUGAGAAAGCAAGUUCAGAAGCUCCAGAAGUUUCUGCAGUGGAAGCUGAGGUGGUAGGUGCUGAAGAAAUUGCAGGUGCUACAGAUGCCAUUAUAAAAGAGGAUUCAGCCUGUCCGGAAGGUGUGGAAGCCGCUCUGGUGGAGACAACAGAAUUCGGUGCUGAAACUGGGCCAGAGGUUACAGAUGCAGUGCUGGGUGAAACUGCAAAACUCGAUGCUGACACCACCCCAGAGGUUACAAAUACAGCUCCAGAUGAGGCUGUUGCCAUUAAUAAUGAUAAAGGUACAACAGAGAAUGAAGUCUCUGAUGAAUAUGUUGAACUAGGAGAAAAAAAUUCUCCAACUGAAUCAGAAUCCUCUGCAGGGGAUGAUUUACAGGAAGAAGUCAGUGUUGGUUCCCAGGCAGCCUCAGCUCAAGGCUAAUGUCAUGCUGGUAGACAUUUCAGCUAAAAAAAAAAAAAAAAAAUGCCAUAACGUGUCUAAUAUGUGCUUUUGUAUUUUUAGUAAUCUUAGUUUCAAAAAAAGCAUCAUUCUUUUCUAGAAAACUUUAAUGUGCCUUGAAGAUUUGAGAUAUCAACAGAUAGAUUUUGGGAUUGAGAGAUUUGAGAGUUUUCUAUUAUCUGAGGUCAGAAUAAGAAAUUGCAAUAAAAAGCUUAAAUAGUUUCAUGUUUGGAUUUAAAUUUUAUAUGGUAGGAGUUAAGCUACUAUAUAACCAAUAUUCAUUUUCCUUUUUUCACGUAUUGUAUGUAAAUCUGGAUUAUU